GUGGCGCUGUGUGCCUUCGACGGCAUGCUGACCUUCGUGCUACUGGCACAGUGUGCCUUAUUCGCAGAGAUUUCCAGCCACCAUCAGAAUCGUUUGAGGCUCAUAAAAUACAACCAGGUGGCUUCUCUCAUUGGUUCCUCCAGCGUUCUUUUUCUGUGGCAUGGUGGUCCACAAACAUGGAAAACUUCCAAGCUUUCCAGGCAUUCACGGUGCUGAUUGCUGUAAUAAGCUGCAUCUGCAUGAUGUACACCGGUAUGCACAGCGAAAGCCGCUUUGACAAUAAAAUAUCUGAGGCAGAUGCCCAAGCGAGUGCCGACCAGACCGCUCGUCAAACGGCGUGCUCCUUCGCCAUGUUGAAGUCGCUGACGUGGCAGAUUCUCACCAACAGGGACUUCCAGCUGUUUGUGACCAUGAACUUCUUCCAGGUGUUCAUGUUGGCUUUCUUUAAUAACUUCACCAUGAUAUUCACGGAGCACCUGAUUCCUCCGGAUGCACUCCCGUCGCUAGCCAAGAGCUUCAUGUACGGAGCGGGGUUCAUCCUGCCACAGCUUUUAGUUCUGAGUAGUCAGAGUCUGCUGCAAAGUCUUGGCUACUACAAGAUCAUCCUCUUCACCUUCAUCUUUGAGGCUGGACUGGCAGUCGUCAUGCUGGCUCUGGGUCCUCAACGUUACUACUUCUUGGCCUUUUUCCUCACUGUCCCCAGGAUUUGCUCUCCUCUCUCCUCCAUGGUGUUUGGAACAAAUGCCCUGUUCACCAAGCCAGCUCAGUCUCUGGCUCCGAUGAUAGUCCUUAAUGUCCUCAACCACUUUGGAUACGAGGGGCUCAAAGAUGUGACCCAGGGGUCAAAUAAAAGUGCAUUGGAAAGCCUCCACAGUGUGAUGUUCUACUUGGUCUGUCUGGUGCCCAUGUGUGUCGCAGCUCUGCAGGUCCUGGCCUGGAGGCCGUUUUCCAUCCGCAACAGUCACACAGUUGAUCCCAAGUACAUCGACACCUGA